AGAAAAACGUUCCAGUUAUUUCAUCAUCGUUUUUGCUAUAAGCUGAUCUGAUCUAUUUUGGAACUAUUUGUUUUGUUGGUUUGCAUUUUGAGCAGAAGCUGGAAUGGAUGCAUUUCGGAAAAUGGAAGACAAAAGAUUCAGAGCGCUGUCUCUGAUUCUCUGCUUUGUUCCCUCGAUCAUCCACCUCGUUCAUGGAGAUCUGAGCUAUUCUUUCUCCGAGGAGAUGAGUCGGGGAUCUGUUAUCGGAAAUGUAGCCAAGGAUCUGGGGCUCGAUCUGAAGAUUUUAUCUUCCCGGAACGCCCGAGUGGAUUUUGAAGGGAAUCAGAAGCGCUACUGUGACAUCAACCUGAAAACCGGGGAAUUAAUGACAUCUGAGAGAAUCGACAGAGAGAGCCUUUGUGCUAAGAGACCGUCAUGUGUUUUAAAGGCAGAUCUGGUGUUGGAAAAUCCGUUAGAGCUUCAUCGUGUAAGUUUCCAUGUGCAAGAUGUGAACGAUAAUUCACCAAAAUUCAAAAAGAAUUUGAUUGAAAUGGAAAUAAGCGAGUCAGCAGAUAGAGGUAACCGCUUCUCUAUCGAGGAGGCCCAUGACGCAGAUAUAGGCCAGAAUGCUGUGCAGCGAUACAUCCUGCAAAAGAACGACAACUUUAUUUUGGCACAGGACAACAAACGCGUUCAGCUAUUAUUAGAACACGAUCUUGACCGAGAAAAACAAAAAGACAUCAGUUUGCUCCUCACAGCUUUAGACGGUGGAUCUCCUCAGAGAUCAGGUACUGUAGUUAUUCAUGUCUCUGUGCUGGAUGCUAAUGAUAACGCCCCAGUGUUCAGUCAGGCUGUUUAUAAAGUCAGUCUGCCUGAAAACUCACCUUUAGAUACUGUAGUGGUUACUGUUAGUGCUACUGAUGCAGAUGAAGGAGUGAAUGGAGAAGUGACUUACCAAUUUGGACACGCGACUGAUGAUGAUGUGAAUUUAUUUUCCAUUAAUUCAAAAACAGGUGAAAUCAAAGUAACAGGUGAAAUUGAUUUUGAAGAAAUCAGUUCGUUUGAAAUGAGUAUACAAGCUAAAGAUGGUUUAGGGUUGACCUCAUAUGCAAAAGUGUUAAUUGAUGUAAUUGAUGUCAAUGACAACGCACCAGUUAUUUACUUGAAAUCACUGAUGAACCCCAUACCUGAGAACAUCCCACCUGGUACAGAGGUGGGCAUCAUUAACGUGCAGGACAGAGACUCUGCGAAGAACCGACAGGUGCGCUGCUCCAUCCAGCAGAACGUUCCUUUUAAGUUGGUUCCUUCUAUUAAAAAUUAUUAUUCUGUGGUGAGCACAGGACAGCUGGACCGUGAACUAGUGUCUGAUUACAACAUUACAAUCAGCGCCACUGACGAGGGCUCUCCACCUCUGUCCUCCUCUAAAACUGUUCACUUAUCUGUAGCUGACAUCAACGAUAACCCACCUGUGUUUGAGGAACAGUCCUACAGCGCAUAUGUGAGUGAAAAUAACAAAGCUGGCUCCACUUUAUGUUCCGUUAGUGCUCGAGACCCCGACUGGAGACAAAACGGUACAGUGAUUUAUUCUCUGUUAGCUGAUAAGGUGAACGGAGCCCCGGUGUCCUCCUAUGUGUCUGUUAACGGAGACACGGGGGUGGUCCACGCUGUCAGGUCGUUUGAUUAUGAACAGUUCAGGAGCUUUAAAGUGCACGUGAUGGCCAGAGACAACGGGUCUCCUCCGCUCAGCAGCAACGUGAGCGUGAGUGUGUUCAUAUCGGAUGUGAAUGACAACUCRCCUCAGAUCCUGUACCCCGCCCCGGAGGGCAGCUCDUUCAUGACCGAGCUGGUCCCCAAAGCUGCACACGGAGGCUCUCUGGUGUCCAAAGUGAUCGCGGUGGACGCGGACUCCGGACAGAACGCCUGGCUGUCCUAUCAUAUAGUCAAAUCCACUGAUCCGGGACUUUUCACUAUUGGUCUGCACAGCGGAGAGAUCAGGACGCAGCGGGACGUUUCUGAGUCUGACAGCAUGAAACAGAACCUGAUUGUGGCAGUGAAAGAUAACGGACAGCCCUCUCUGUCUGCCACGUGCGCCAUGUAUUUACUGAUCUCUGAUAACUUGGCUGAGGUGCCAGAACUGAAAGAUAUMUCUUAUGAGGAGAAYAACUCCAAACUGACGUCAUAUCUGAUCAUCGCGCUGGUGUGCGUGUCCACCUUCUUCCUGACCUUCAUCAUKAUCAUCCUGGGUGUGAGGUUCUGUCGCAGGAGAAAGCCCAGACUGUUGUUUGAUGGAGCAGUUGCCAUCCCCGGCGCUUACCUCCCUCCUAAUUACGCAGAUGUUGACGGCACAGGAACUUUACGCAGCUCUUACAAUUAUGACGCGUACCUGACAACAGGAUCUAGAACCAGUGACUUUAAGUUUGUCUCAUCUUACAAUGACAACACGRUGCCUGCUGACCACACUCUGAAGAAAAGUCCAACUGAGUUUGCUGAUGUGUUUGGAGGCAGUGACAGUUCUCCUGAGGCAGCAUCUACAGCAAUCAAGCCUCUGACAUUGUUGCAGAAUCUCACCAAACAUUUAGGAUUUUGAACAGUCAUUUUAUAAGAAAAUAAUAUUAUCAUCUUCUCAAGUGUCUAACUGGUCAGGCUUCUCAACUGCCUAAAAACUCUUGUUUCUUCUUUUAUAUGAGGGGUUAGAAUGGAAAUUUCUCUCCUUUCACUUAGUUGAUGUUGAAAUCUGUAAUAUUUUCAACUUAAACAUGAACAAAUUAUUGAGGAUAAACCUAUAUUGUCAUAACAACCUGUCGUGUUUUAGAUGUUGUUGUUGCUGGUCUAUGUAUGCAAUGCAUUUUUACUUUUGGUCAUAAUUGGUAAAUGAACUGUACUUAUGUAGCACCUUUGUCCCCAAUCAUGAUACUCAAAGUGCUUUACACACUACAAUAUGUGCCCUCCUUUACCCAUUCAUACAACGAUAUUUCUGCUAUGAGUCCUGGUCUAUGUACAAUACUACAUGUACAAAUGAGUAAUCAGGGAACUGAUGGAACACACAUCAGGGGCGGAGGAUGUUCAGUGAUUUACCCAGGGACACAUGUGACUGAACAGCGGGGAAAUUAACUGUCAACUCUAUCAUAUUGUUUUCAUUUGUUUUAACUAGUUUCAUAUGAGUGCAAUAUCCAUAACAUUUCAUAUCAUAUAUUUGACAGGUUUAUGUAUUAUUAGAAAAUUAUUUGGGAAUUUCUGGACACCUUUAGAAACUUAAUGAAACAAUUAGUUUUGAGUUUGAAUAAGAAUUUUUUUUCCUUUCAUCCAUACUUUUUAAAAUUAAAUACAAACACAUUUUCAAGCAUUUUUAUGUGUUUAGAUAUUUGGUUUUACUAACUUUUCUGUGUGUUUUGCAUUUUUCGGGUAGUGCUAAAGCCUAAUUGUGAUCUGUUUGUACAGUAUGUUCAUGGAUUUAGCCAGAAUGGAUUUAUUUUCUUUUCCUUGUGGUUGAGGUUAUGACUGGUCUGGUUUUAAACUGUUUUUAUUUUUUUGGAGCGAUUUGAUCAUAUGUUUUGUCAGCACUAUAAACAGGUAGAGUGAGAGAUUAAAAACUGGGCCAGCAGUCAUGUAUUAUUUUCCCCUUAUACUCAUCAAUAUUUGCUCUUAUAAUUCACCUCUCAUAAAAGUUAGUAAUAUUUACCGUGAUAAAUGUCCUGCAGCUGUUCACUGCAGUGAAUCAGCUUGUGCCUCUGUCUGUGGUGCUGAAACUAACUCCCUGUCAUUGUUUAUAAGCAACAUUGCUCCUUGUUUGUCUCAUAAAACUUUAAUAAUUUUACACAUAUUUGUAUAGUAAAACAAAUUCAUUUUAAGUUUAUAUUUCACUGUAAGCAUCUGCAUUUUAUUUAGUUGUUUUUUUAUUUUUUUUGCUUUUGUGAUCUACCAGGAAAAUUAGAUUGUUUUAAGUGAA